AUGCUCUUUCUGCUGGUUUUGCCUUUGUUUUUUAUUGGAGCUGCAAAGAUACAGGCUGAUUUCUCUAAUACUGUUCCUGGAACAACAUACAACGUUACAGUGUCUGCAGUUUCUUCUUCAGUAUACAGCUCACCUGCAAGCAGAACAGUGACAACAAAUGUGACAAACCCUGGGCCCCCCAUGUUCCUUGCAGGAGAAAGAGUGGGCUCUGCUGGGAUUCUGCUGUCAUGGAAUGCACCACUGCAUCCAAAUGGGAGAAUUCUCUCCUAUAUUGUUAAACACAGAGAGGUCUGCCCGUGGAUGCAAACAGCUUACACACAGGUGGCAACAAAGCCAGACAGUUUGGAAGUCCUUCUUACCAGCCUUAAUCCUGGAACAACUUAUGAAAUUAUGGUUGCUGCUGAGAACAGUGCUGGUGUUGGAGUGUUCAGUGAUCCUUUUCUUUUUCAGACUGCAGAAAGUGCUCCAGGCAAAGUAGUGAAUCUCACAGUUGAAGCCUUAAAUUCUUCAGCUGUAAAUCUGAUCUGGUUUCUUCCUCGACAACCAAAUGGCAAGAUCAGAAGUUUCAAGAUUAGUGUGAAACAUGCAAGAAGUGGAAUUGUAGUGAAAGAUGUCUUGGUUAAAGUAGAGGACCUGCUGUCUAGGAGGUUACCAGAAUGUAAUGAUAACAGUGAAUCGUUUUUGUGGAGCACUACCACUCCUUCAACAACUUUUGGCAGGCCCACUCUUCCUUCACAGGCUACAGCUACCCUGAGCCCAGAGGCACCAAGUCAGAUGAGCUCUGCAUGGAAUGAGCCAAUUAGCUUUGUCAUAACUAACCUGAGGCCAUACACCACCUACCUUUUUGAAGUCUCUGCAGUGACCACUGAAGCAGGCUACAUCGACAGUGCAAUUGCCCGGACACCAGAGUCUGUUCCAGAAGGUCCACCACAAAACUUUGCCAAGAGCAACAUUACAGCAAAGACUUUCUUAGUGCUCUGGGACCCACCAACCAUAGCAACAGGAAAGUUUAGCUACAGAGUUGAGCUAUAUGGACCAUCUGGGCACAUUCUGGAAAACAGUACAAAAGAUCAGAAGUUUGUAUUUAGUAACCUCGUGCCUUUUACCACCUAUGAUGUGUAUGUCAGUGCUGAGACGAGUGCUGGAGUUGGGCCAAAGACUAACCUUACUGUUUUCACUCCUGCAGAUGUCCCAGGUGCUGUCUCAGAUUUACAUCUAGCAGAAGUGGAAGCCACACAAAUAAAAAUCAUAUGGAGAAAGCCACAGCAACCAAACGGAAUAAUCACCCAGUACAGGGUUAAAGUACUCGUGCAGCAAACAGAGGAGACUCUGGAAAACACAAUUCUUCAAGGGAAAAAUAAGUAUUUGAUUGAUUCUUUGGAGCCCUUCGUGAUAAACGACAACGUCCAACCUUCUCCCGCCUGGAAUUCGGUGGAAGCAGCCGAUGACUUAUACGAAGGUUCAGCUGAAAUGUUUCCCAGCAGGCAGACAACUCCCCCAGUGAAGUUUACAAGUGUACCAGGGGGUAAUUUGCCUGCUGUAAACGGAGGUGCAGAAUCACAUUCUGCUUCGGAAAAUCAGUAUACAAUGGAUAUUUUAGCUGAAGAACUGGUUUAUGUUAUAAGUGGCCUCACACCUUUCACAGACUACACGAUCAGUGUGUCUGCUUUCACUGCUGUUGGAGAAGGCCAACCAGCAAUUCUUACAGUCAAGACACAUGAGCAAGUUCCAAGCUCAGUACAAAAUAUAGCUUACAAGAAUGUUAGUUCCUCCUCUGUUUUGCUGUAUUGGGAUCCUCCAGCAAAUCCUAAUGGGAGAAUCACUCAUUACACUGUUUAUGCAAUGGAGCUGGAUACAAAAAGGACUUUCCAGAUGACAACUUCAAACAACAGCUUGCUUCUGAGAGGUUUAAAAAAGUACACAAACUAUAAGAUGAGAGUGGCAGCCUCUACCAUAAUUGGAGAAAGUGCCUUGUCUGAAGAGAAUGAUGUGUUUGUGACAACCCCUGAAGAUGAACCAGGCUCCCCGCCUCGAAACUUAGAGCUAAUAAAUGUAACUGCAACAGAAAUAAAUCUAAGAUGGUUACCUCCUGAGCAACCUAAUGGUCUCAUAACUCACUAUGAAGUUCUCUACAGUGAUUCCAAUGAUUUGUUCAUUAAAAAUGCCUCAUCCCCAAGCAUAUCACUAAGUGAAAUGAAGCCAUAUACUCUCUACAACAUCACUGUAAGGGCAUUCACCAGACUUGGCCAUGGGAAUCAGUCAUCUCUUCCACUUCUGGUGAGAACUUUUGAGACUGUUCCUGAUUCUGCACCAGAAAACAUAAGCUAUAGGAACAUCUCCUCUGUGGAAAUUGAAUUAUCGUUUUCUCCACCAUCCAUUCCCAAUGGAAUCAUACAGACAUACACAAUCUAUCUCCAGAGGACUAACGGAACUGAGCAGAGGGCCAUAAACACUUCUCUGCUGACACUGUGCAUUACAGAUCUGAAGAAAUACACAGAAUACACUGUAGAAGUGUCUGCCAGUACUGCAGUGGGGGAGGGCCGUCGUAGUCCACCUCUGCAUAUACUGACUGAUGAAGAUGCUCCGAGCUCGCCUCCCGAGUCCCUCUCCGUAAAACAGUUGUUGGGUGUCACUGUGAAGUUGUCAUGGAAACCCCCACUGGAGCCAAAUGGAAUUAUCCUCUAUUACACAGUUUACAUCUGGAAUAAAAUGUCCAAAAGGAGUGUUAAUGUAACAGAAACCUCACUGCAGCUCACAGACCUGGAAUACAACUGUGAAUAUAGUGCUUACCUAACAGCAAGCACAAGAUUUGGAGAUGGCAACAUAAAAAGUGAUACCAUAACAUUCAGAACUUCUGAGGGAGCACCAAGUGAUCCACCGAAAGACGUUGUGUACAGCAACCUUACUUCCACAUCAAUAAGGUUAUUUUGGACUCCUCCUCAAAAGCCUAAUGGAAAUAUUCUGUACUACUCAGUUUAUUUCAAAAAUAGCUCAGGACUGUUCACACAGAAUUUCACAAGCUAUGGUAACAAGAGCAAUGUCAGCAUGUCCCACUCUGCAGUUCUGGAUGAGCUGGCAAAAUACAGCCAUUACACCUUGUGGCUAACUGCAAGCACAGCCUUUGGAGAUGGAAACCAAACCAGUGACAUGAUAGAUGUGUAUACAGAUCAGGAUAUUCCAGAUGGUUGUGUUGAAAAUCUGCUCUAUCAAAACAUUUCCUCAUCUUCUGUAAAUGUAAGCUGGCUUCCACCAUCCCAGCCAAAUGGCUUAGUCUUCUUUCAUGUUUCUCUAAGUUUACUGCAACCCGGAACCAAUAAAAUGGUGAAGUCUUUCCUUACUUACGCCACAAGCAUCGUUUUGGACCAGCUGGAGAAAUACACUGAUUACAUUCUGAAAAUCACACCAGCCACUGAAAAGGGAUCUUCUGAGCAGCAUGCUCUCAGUCUGCUUAUCAGAACAGAUGAAGAUGUCCCAGAAUCAGCACCUAUAAUCAGAACAUUUUCAAACCUCUCAACUACCUCAGUUAUGCUUUCAUGGGACCCUCCUGCUAAGCCAUGUGGUGUUAUAAGAAGUUAUGAUUUACAUUUAUUUGGGCCAGAAAAGAAUAAUUCACUCUCUACCACCAAUAACUUUAUCAUCUUGGAGGACCUUCUACCAUUCACAUUAUACAGCAUUUAUGCAGCUGCUAGAACAAUAAAAGGACUUGGUCCAUCUGCCAUGCUUGAGUUCUACACAGAUGAGUCAGUGCCAUUAGCUCCACCUCAGAAUUUGACCGUCACCAACUACACUGCGGACUCCGUGUGGCUCAGAUGGGCGCCAAGUCCCCAGCCAAACGGUGUUAUUGUGAGAUACAAUUUUAAGAUUUAUAAGAACAACACUGAAAAACUCUUUUACCAGAACGUUUCAGGUUCAAACCACGAGGCAAAUCUUGUUGGAUUAGAACCAUUCAGCCCCUACUUGAUCAGCGUCUCUGCGUUCACCAAGCUUGGGAAUGGAAACCAGUUCAGUAACGCCGUCCAGUUCACAACAAUGGAAUCAGUCCCAGAAGCUGUCCAGAAUGUCCACUGCAUUGCAACGAGCUGGCAAUCAAUCCUGGUGCAGUGGGACCCUCCUGCUUCAUCCAAUGGUAUCAUCACUCACUACACCAUAACAGUUGGAGGAAAUUCUACAUCUCUUUCGCCAUAUGACACGGUGCAGACUUUCAGAAACCUGCUCUCCAAUAUGACUUACCAGUUUAGAGUGAAGGCUGCAACAUCUGCUGGGGAUGGUGAGGAACAGACCUGCAAUGCCACUACACUGCUAGAAAAAGUUCCCACCGCUCCCAGGGACAUUGUGUUUUCCAACGUGCAACCAACAAGCGUGACCUUGACUUGGAAGCCACCGAAAUCCAUCUUUGGCUACUUUCGCAACUACAGGAUCACCACACAGCUACAGUCCACCCACUGCAGCGACUGGGAAGCCAAGGAGUGCAUUGAGGAUGAGAUGCAUCAAUAUUUGUAUGACAAUGUGGUGGAUGAGUGGAUAGAAGAGACAGUGUCUGGACUGAAAAAAUACAGGUGGUACAGGUUUGCGGUGGCUGCCAGCACGAGCGCUGGUUACGGCAGUUCCUCGCCGUGGAUUUCAACACAAACCCUUCCUGGCUCUCCAGAUAGUCCUCCAGAAAAUGUGAUUGUUUCAGCAACAUCUCCUCACAGUAUUAAUAUUAGCUGGAGUGAGCCUGUCAUCAUCACUGGACCAACAUGCUACCUCAUAGACAUUGCCUCAGUAGAUAAUGACAAUUAUAAAGCUCAAUUUCUGAAGACAAAUGACGAGGGCAAAGACUUAGAAGUCUCUGAUUUAAAAGCAUUUACAAGGUAUUCCGUAGUGAUCAUUGCCUUUACGGGAGAUGUUAACGCCGCACUCCUUGAGGGCAAGGCUAGCUCUCCAGUCAUUGUCUCCACCUUUGAAGCAGUGCCUGAAGACCCACCUAACAACAUAACCUUCCAGAAGAUACCAGAUGAAGUAACAAAGUUCCAAGUAACCUUUGUGCCCCCAUCUGAACCAAACGGGAACAUCCAGGUGUAUCAGGCUAUGGUUUACAACGAGGACGACCCUGCUGCCAUCCAGAUCCACAACCUCAGUGUCAUUGAUAAAACAGAUCAGUCAGUCACUGCCAUGAUAGAAGGGCUGAAAGGAGGAAAUACCUACAAUGUCAGCGUGUAUGCAAUUAAUGGUGCAGGUGCAGGGCCAAAAAUUCAAUUGAAAAUAACCAUGGAUAUCAAAGAACCACCACGGCCCAAAAAGAAACCAGCACCAGUUUAUGACAGCAAUGGGGCGCUGCUCGUCACGGCCACCACGAUUACAAUCAGAAUGCCAAUAUGUUAUUACAGUGAUGAUCAUGGCCCUAUCAAGAAGAUACAAGUUCUGGUUGUGGAAGCUGGAGCUCAGCAUGAUGGAAAUGUUACUAAAUGGCAUGAUGCCUACUUCAACAGACCAAGGCCAUAUUUCACAAAUGAAGGCUUUCCAAACCCACCCUGUGUGGAAGGAAAAGAAGAUCUGAGUGACAAAGAUGAGACCUACGUCAUAGGUGCUGAUACUACCUGCCUGAUACCAGGCAGUCAAGACAAAAUAUGCAAUGGCCCACUAAAACCAAGAAAGCAGUACCUAUUUAAGUUCAGAGCAACUAACGUUAAAGGACAGUUUACAGAUUCUGACUACUCUGACCCUGUCAAAACAUUAGGUGAAGGACCUCCAGGAAGAUCUGUAGAAGUCAUCCUUGCUGUUACUUUGUGUAUACUUUCAGUUGUUCUUCUGGUAGCUGCAGUAUAUGCUUUUGCAAGAAUCCGUCAAAAGCAAAAGGAGGGAGGCACAUACUCCCCACGAGAUGCUGAAAUUAUUGACACUAAGUUCAAACUGGAUCAGUUGAUCACAGUGGCAGACCUGGAGCUGAAGGAUGAGAGAUUUACACGGUUACUUAGUUAUAGGAAAUCCAUCAAGCCCAUCAGCAAGAAAUCCUUCCUGCAGCACGUCGAAGAGCUUUGCACAAACAACAACCUAAAGUUUCAGGAAGAAUUUUCGGAGCUCCCCAAGUUUCUUGAAGACCUUGCUUCAACUGAUGCUGAUCUGCCCUGGAACAGGUCUAAGAAUCGUUUCCCAAACAUAAAGCCAUAUAACAACAACAGAGUAAAGCUGAUGCCUGAUGCUGGUAUUCCUGGAUCUGACUACAUUAAUGCCAGCUACGUGUCUGGUUACCUAUGUCCAAAUGAGUUUAUUGCAACUCAGGGUCCAUUACCAGGAACGGUGGGGGAUUUCUGGAGGAUGGUGUGGGAGACCAGAGCAAAAACACUUGUGAUGCUGACACAGUGCUUCGAGAAAGGACGGAUAAGAUGUCAUCAGUACUGGCCCGAAGAUAACAAACCAGUGACUGUGUUUGGGGAUAUAGUGAUUACUAAAUUGAUGGAGGAGAUUCAAAUAGACUGGACCAUCAGAGAUUUAAAAAUUGAAAGGCAUGGGGACUGCAUGAUGGUGAGGCAGUGCAACUUUACUUCUUGGCCAGAACACGGAGUGCCUGAAACCACCGCACCAAUUAUCCAUUUCGUGAAGCUCAUCCGCGCAAGUCGAGCACACGAUAAUACACCCAUGGUGGUUCACUGCAGCGCUGGUGUUGGAAGAACAGGGGUGUAUAUUGCACUUGACCAUUUAACCCAGCAUGUAAAUGACCAUGAUUUUGUGGACAUCUAUGGACUGGUAGCAGAGUUAAGGAGUGAAAGAAUGUGCAUGGUACAGAACCUGGCACAAUACAUAUUUUUGCAUCAAUGUGUGUUGGAUCUGUUGGCAAGCAGGGGAAGCAGUCAGCCCAUAUGUUUUGUAAAUUACUCAGCACUGCAGAAGAUGGACUCUCUGGAUGCCAUGGAAGGUGAUGUGGAGCUGGAAUGGGAAGAAACCACCAUGUAAAUGCUGAGGCUAAAUAACCCAGAUACUGAGCUUUUGAAAGUCAAAGUCCUAUUUUUCUAAGCACAGGGGCCAAAGUGAAUUCCCCUAUUUUGAUGACUAAAACAAAGGCAGAGGACUGAGAUCUCCUUUCUUCUAUCAAUGUGCCUUCAUAAACCUUCAAGCAUCUCAUUCAGAUCACUGAGCAAUGA